CCUCAUAUAAUCAUCGUCGUCGUCAUCAUCAUAUCAGGAAAAACGUGGGAAGCUCCAUGUUUCAGAGGUUAGCUGCAAACAACACAACUCCAAACUCCAGCUGGACCACGCCUCAGCGCGAUUACGCCUGGCCCGCAUCCAGCAGCGCACCGUAUGGAAUGGAUCGGCUGCCGCCUGACACAAGCCGCAUAAUCUUCUGCUUUUAAUACAUCCACGCUUGCGCCCCGUAACCCUGUCCUGCAAUACGGCGCAACGUGGUGAUAUAUGAUACAUGUGAGAAAGUAAGAAAAUAAAAUCCACCGUUGCUUUUUCCCAUAUGUGGCAGCUAACGGAGCACGACCAGCAUGCUCGCUCGUUCUGCUUCUGACGUCAGACAGUGAGAGACGAGCUAACGCGCUGUGUCCUUCUCCUCCAUUGUGAACUGAACGAUGCGGUCUCUGGCAGCCAUCGUCACCGCCCAGUAGAGACCCCAGCAGAAGUGCCGAGCACAACGACCCCCUCGAGGGAGACAGAAAGAGAGGGUCAGAAACGAGCCCUGUUCACGCGCCUGUUUUCAUGCUUUAGCUAGCCGUGCAGACCCAGUGCGAGACCGCGGGAUACGGAAGAAACCGAGGAAACGGGAGCUCGCCUAUUUUGGUGAGAAAGCAGAGCCGAGGUUCGUCUAACGAUGGGAUGUACACUGAGCGCUGAGGAGAGAGCAGCUUUGGACAGGAGCAAAGCAAUCGAGAAAAACCUCAAAGAAGAUGGAGUCAUUGCUGCUAAAGACGUUAAAUUACUCCUGCUCGGGGCCGGAGAAUCAGGCAAAAGCACCAUUGUGAAACAGAUGAAAAUCAUCCAUGAGGACGGUUUCUCUGGCGACGAUGUGAAGCAGUACAAGCCCGUGGUCUACAGCAACACCAUCCAGUCCCUGGCGGCCAUCAUCCGAGCCAUGGACACACUGGGACUGGAGUACGGAGACAAGGGGAGGAAAGCAGACGCUAAGAUGGUGUGCGACGUGGUGAGCCGCAUGGAGGACACGGAGCCCUACUCCCCCGAGCUCCUCGGCGCCAUGAUCCGCCUCUGGUCCGAUUCCGGCAUGCAGGAGUGCUUCAGCCGCGCGCGUGAAUACCAGCUCAACGACUCCGCCCAAUAUUACCUUGACAGCCUGGAUCGCAUUGGAGCGGCAGAUUACCAGCCUACAGAGCAGGACAUUCUCAGGACCCGAGUCAAGACCACAGGAAUCGUAGAAACGCACUUCACUUUCAAGAAUUUACAUUUCAGGCUGUUUGAUGUGGGAGGUCAAAGGUCAGAGAGGAAGAAGUGGAUCCACUGCUUUGAGGAUGUGACGGCCAUCAUCUUCUGCGUGGCCUUGAGUGGGUAUGACCAAGUCCUGCACGAAGACGAGACCACAAAUCGCAUGCACGAGUCUCUCAUGCUCUUCGAUUCCAUCUGUAACAACAAAUUCUUCAUCGACACCUCCAUCAUCCUCUUCCUAAAUAAGAAAGAUCUGUUUGCUGAAAAGAUUAAAAAGUCCGCACUGAACAUCUGUUUCCCUGAGUACACAGGCCCCAACACCUACGAUGACGCAGCAGCUUACAUCCAAUCACAGUUUGAGAGCAAAAACCGCUCCCCCAACAAAGAAAUCUACUGUCACUUGACCUGCGCCACGGACACGGGCAACAUCCAGGUGGUGUUCGACGCCGUGACCGACAUCAUCAUCGCCAACAACCUGCGGGGGUGUGGCCUGUACUAAUGAACACUUGCUCUUACUCUAUGGCCGUCAUUUUGGUACUGAAGUGCAAGUUGGUUAACAAGAAUGAGGGUUCUUAACAGGUACAUAUACAUGCACACACACGUGUGUGUGUACGUAUAUGCGUGUGUGCGUGUGUGUGUGUAUGUGCAGGUAUGUCUGUGUGUAUGUGUGUAUAUAUAAGUAUAUUUUAUUCAAUUUUUUAAGUUUGUCUCUAAGAGCUGCCAACAGCGGAUUUCUUAUAGAAACCCUUUUAGCAUUUUUUUUUUUUGGUUGGUCUGUUUGUCACCCUCUUCUCACUGUGUCUUUACAAAAAAAAAAAAAAAAAAACAGCACAUUUUUGUUUUACAUAAAGAAAUGUGUCUUCAUUUAAAUUUUUAAAUGUUUAACUGUUAAUUGUAUGUAAUUUAUUAUAUGAAUAUGAAUAUGUGGAUAUGUUGACCUGGACACGUUUUGGUUGAGAAAGAGGAUGGUAAUUAGCCGGGAUAAUAAGUGCAGAUUUCCAAAUUUGUUCGGCUCAUCUCCUGGUGAUGCUCAGAUCUGCAUUUCCUAGCAUGCUUUGUGUUCUCUUGUGGAUCAGCCAAAAGGGGUCUCCCAGGUGCCACCCUGUCUCUGAGGCAGGUCUUGCUAUUGGCCAUGCCCCUUCGAGGGCAGGCCUUAGCGCUCUGUACUGUUAUGAGGCCUAUUAGCCAAUGAAAUUUCAGAAAAGUGUCCUAUCUGUGCCAGCCUGAAAAUGGCAUGUGUGGGAAUAGCACUAGAAUCACUAGGUUACUGAAAAUCUGUUUAAAUAUUAUCAUGUAAUGACUUGUAAUUUUUUAUUGUCAUUGGUAAAGGUCAUUACUUACUGAUGUAAGUACACACCAGCUUCAUGUCCAUGAUAGAUGUAACACACAUACACACACACACACACGCUCUGUCACAAAUACACUCAUACAUGCACACACACUCAUACAUGUACAUGUUGAUGCACACACCCACUCGGUCACUCACAUUUUCACACAAAUACACCCACACACGCACACACGCUGAUACACACUCUCUCGGUCUCGCUCACAUGUUCACAUACAUAUACGCACGCGCAAACAAACACACACAUACACACAUAGACACACACCUCCCAUCAUAAUCUUUCACUUCUUUACUUCCUGUUUUUAGUUGUGUACAUCUCCUAUUGAUCCUGUUCCACACAUAGCAUGAUUCGCCUGCUUUUUUUAAAAACAAGUAUAAGCAAAAUAGUGCUCCAAAAACUCAAAAUCCACCAAAAAAAAGGAAAAAAAAAAGAAAAAUUAAUAAAAGCUAAUAAAAAAAGAGAAAAGACACUGGCAGGGGAGACAGACAUCAUUAUUGUUAUUGUUAUUAUUAUUAUAGUAAUAAUAAUGCUGUAAGGGUCGGUCUUCUGUGCAUUCUGUGCAUUGUAGCUGAAGAUGAUUUUAUCUCCUCCUGUGCGUGUCUCAGUUGGCCCUGUUGCUUUAUCUGUCUCCCUGACCCAAGUCUGUACUUACUGGGAAAUGUGACGUGGAAAGAAUAGUCAUAUUGGAGUGUGUCAGGACCUGAAAUAUUUGGGAUUUGGGACGGACCUGAACGUCGUGCGGCUGCGCAAGUAAACGUGCUGCUUUGCACCGCGCGUCCGGACACAGGUAAACACACUUUACUCCGCGCGUCUGUACAAGUUAACACACUACACCGCGCGUCUGUACAAGUUAACAUGCUGCGGCCUGCACAGCUGUAUGGGUUCACGCUGUUGUGCAUCGCGUAGCCUGACAGGUUGACACACUUGGCGAUGUGCGGCUGUACAGGGUUACAGUUCACGCACUUUGAGCGGUGCGGUUGCACAGGUUAACGCUAUUGUGCGCCGUGUGUCUGAACAGGUUAGCAGGUUUCGCGCUGCGUGCCUGUACAGCUUAAUUUUGCGCCACGUGAGCUGUACAGGUUAACGCGUUUUGCGCUCAACGGCUGCACAGGUUAACGAGCUUUCUCUUAGUUAGUUUUGUAACUUGAACUGGCACACACCUGGCAGGUACAUAGAAAAGCACAGCUCUCACUCACUGUCCGAGAGACCUCUCCGGCUCUGAAUAAAGAAUCUUGUACAUAAUGACA